AUGUCGUUUGCAGAUUUCAAUUUGAGGUCCCUGAGUUCUAACAGUAACAAGCUCGGUGUGCAAGCAAUCAAAGAUUCAGUCUUAGAUUUAGAUCGAUGUCCUAAGGUACUUGGCAUGAGAUGGGACACAGAGAGUGACGUUUUACUUUAUCCAGCGAAGAACAUCCCAACUACCAAAAUUAUUACCAAGAGAGAUAUAUUGCAGCAUACGUCCCGACUCUACGAUCCCUUAGGUCUACUCAGUCCAGUUACUAUCAGAGCGAAGCUACUUCUCCAAGAAUUAUGGCAACAGAUGUUUGAGUGGGACAUGCCCUUACCGCACGACAUACAAGAAAAAUGGCGUAGUUUGAUUACAGACUUGAAAUCAGUGACAACCACUACGUUUCCUAGAUACUACUUUGAGAAUACACCGUAUACAUCCAACUACACCUGUAUUCACAUAUUCUGCGACGCUAGUUUGUUAUCUUAUUGUGCUACGGCAUACGUCUGCAGAGACAACCAGUCUACAUUGAUGAUGGCUAAGACGCGUGUUGCUCCGUUGAAAAAGUUAACGUUACCGAGGUUAGAGCUGAUGGAUGCAGUGAUUGGUUCCAGACUCUGUAAACACAUGAAGCAGAACACAAGCAUACCACAGAUACACCUUUGGUCAGAUAGUCAGAUUGUGUUGUACUGGCUCCAGACGUCCAAGACACUCCGGCGAUUCGUUAGGAACCGCCCGACGAAGGACAAUCCCGCAGAUUUACUCACCAGAGGAAUUUCGACAUCGCACUUCAAAGUCAGUAAUCUAUGGUUCCACGGACCUAAAUGGCUCACUACACCUGACAGUUGGCCAGUUUGGCAAGAAAGAGAUACUUAUGUUACUAUGGCAACGAUUACAGAUCCAGUACCUACUAGCAAAUCAGAAGAUGCAGCUUUACCAGUGAACAACAGCAGUUUUGUCGACAUGUCAAGAUUCAGCUCGUUGGCAAAGUUACUCAGAGUUACAGCUUAUGUACUGCGUUUCAUAGAUAACUUUCGAGGCGGGAGGUCCACUGGAAGUCAAGAAACUUUAACUACAGAGGAACUUCACAGGGCAGAGAAGGUGUGCAUACGAAGCUGCCAGAUGUCUAAAUAUCAAGCAGAAGUGAAAGAUAUACAGACCAAGAGAUACAAACUCCCACUAUCUAGACAACUUAAAUUAUUUCUCAACAGUGGGAUUUGGAAGUGCCGUGGAUGUAUCCACAAUGCACCACUAGACGAAAUGACCAAGUAUCCGUACCUGUUACCAGCUAAACAUCCAUUCACCAACUUGGUUAUCAAGGACGCACACUCAAGAUUACUACAUGCCGGCGUUAGUUCAACUAUCACGUUCUUAAGACAGAAAUACUAG